UGGCGAUCGGGUCUCCGCCAUUGUGGCAAUAGUUUCCCUCACCCUCUGGCUCCUCAGUCUGCUCAUUCUGUGCAUUGCAAUCGCUCGGCCGGUAUGCCGGCUACUUCGUGGGCGUGUUCGUCUGCGCACCAUGUCUCGCGACUUCUACGCGGACGAUCCGACCGAGUCAGAGUUUCCCAUUCUGUGUGCUGGUGGCGGCGGCGGCGGUAGAGAUCGUUGCGAGACCGACGGUUGCAUCGGAACUGCGACCGCGCCCGGCUGUUUCCCGCCACCACCCCUACCACCAAGCAAUAAAUGGCCUUAUAUGGGAGGUAAGCCCUUGUGUGUUUUAUGA